GUCAACAUGAAGUUCUUGUGCCUUUGCGUGGUUAUAGUGCUCCUAUCUGGUUAUGCAAAUACGCAAAAAUUCACAGACAAAUAUGACAACGUAAAUUUGGAUCAGAUUUUAAGAAACGAUAGGCUGUUGAUAAAUUACGUCAAUUGUCUUCUGGAUAAAGGACGAUGCACUGCAGAUGGUUUAGAACUUAAAAAGGCUGUUCCUAAUGCUUUGCAAAAUGGAUGUAACAUGUGCAGUGAAAAGCAGAGAAACGGCGCAACAAAAGUUAUUCGCUACUUGAUUGACAACAAGAGAUCCUGGUGGAACGAAUUGGAACAAAAGUACGAUCCGCAAGGGAACUAUAGAAGACAAUAUGAAGAAGAAGGAAAACGAUACGGCGUCCACCUUUCAUUCCCAUAUAAAUAUGUGCCCUUUGAUUAUUCCAAGACCUAUAAGUUGCAUGCUCUUGCAAUCAUGAAGGUCUCCUUGUUGUUUGUCGUCGUUGUAACUUUGGUGGUCUGUGCACGUGCCGACGAUAAAUACACCACCAAGUAUGACAAUGUUGAUUUGGAUGAGAUCAUCAAAAGUGACCGCUUGUUGAAAAAUUACGUAAACUGCCUUUUGGAUAAAGGAAACUGCACACCUGACGGAGCAGAACUGAAAAAGGUUCUUCCUGAUGCUCUCCUCACUGACUGUUCAAAAUGCAGCGAGACCCAAAAGAAAGGCAGCAAGAAAAUCAUCCGUCACUUGAUAGACAACAAACCUGACUGGUACAAAGAGCUUGAGGCAAAAUACGACAAAGAAGGAGUAUACAAGAAGAAAUACGAGGAAGAGUUAGAACUUAAGAAAGAAACGAAGGAAGAAGAGAAAGAGAAGAAGGAAGAGGAGAAAGAGAAGAAAGUCGAGAAAGAGGUUAAGAUUGAAAAGAAAGAAUAAGUUAUAAGUACAUGUAAAUUGUUUGUAUCUUUUUGUUCUUUAUGAGAAAAGAUUGUAGAUUUGAUUUUGUUAUCCAUAAAUCAGAUGUGACUAGAUUUAAAAAUUUAAGCGUAACGUUAUACCAACAAAAUAGGUAAUAAAAUUGUAUUAAUUAGUA